CUUCCAAGCUGGUCACCAAAACAAACAGCUUAUUUAUUAAUAUAAUCGAACAUUUGCGCAAACAAGAUAAAGGAGGGAAAACGAAAAAAACAGUACACAGCAUAAGGACCCCCGCGACUUAGGGCUCAUUCUUGUUCGUUCCUGAGUUGCAACCCCCCACUGCCACCAAGGAGGACACAGCAAGAAAUAAGACCAUCAUCUCAAGACGGGAAACAUCUUCAGCAUGAGUUCUGCCGCCGUCGCCAACCCAGGCGACGAUGCCACCAAAACACACCAGAUCUCCAUCCCGCUCCCCCGCUCCUUGGAUACUAGGCUCUACAUCCACCUGACCGUCCGCCCAAAGUCCAUCCUCCUCAUGGUGACGACCGCCUCAGCCGACGAAGCCACGACCCCAACGCCGCUGGGCUCGUUUGUCUAUGCCAUACCAGACCGCUUCAAUCCCUCUCAACCCCUCUGCACCCCCCUCAUGACCGUGGAGCCGACGCUCGAGUUCGCCACUCGCCUGGCCCGCCUCGUCGCCAAGCGGUCCGGCCUCCCGACCUACGUCGGCAACUCGGUGAGCCUGAUGAGCGCCGGCAUGGGCGGGACCGCCGACGAGGAGAUGGAGGCGUUCCGGGCCGUCGUCGACGCCGUCGUCGCGAGCCUGGCCCUGACGAGCGCCAAUGGGGCUGUUUGAUGAGGGGAGGAGAGAAGAAAAAAGCCUAGUGGAUGGUUCUGUGUUGCUACGCGGUGGUGAUUUAAUCAAAACUGGGGUUGCUUGGUAUGAAGAGUGACUCGCAGUUGUUGGGUAGCUAAUGAGGAAAUGGGGUGGUUCUCGUGCCUACCCGUCUACCUGUCUUUCUCAUCUGGUCAUGUCGGGUCUUACCUACUAUUAUGGUCGAGAUCAAGACGCAAAUCCAGCCAUAAUUCCUACAGCUCUGGCACACAUAUCACUCAAGGUAUACAUCAGAAAUAAAAGAAAAGGAUAGCGAAGUACUUAUAUAUUACGUCUACUUCUCUCAACAAGCCUGAAAGCUCCGUUCCUGGCAUGCUAUGUACUAAUGCUUGAUUUCAAAUUUGUUGCCUUGUUACAUAUCAUCAUUGCCAUCGUUGACUGGGGUAUCUAGUUUUUGAGCAAAAAACAACAACUCAAGACACAAACUUUGCUUCGCUCGCUUUGAAAUGAAAAAAAAAGGAAGAAAAAAAAAGAGAAGGAAAUCAAGGUCUCUGCUAGUCUUACCCCUCAUUAUUGCCAUCCUGCAGCUGAAAAUGAAAUAGGAAAAAAAAAAUGAGAACAGGCGAUGAAUAUAAAGAAAGGGGCAAGUAUAUAUGGGCGCAGCCCUAUUCUAGGACUGAUCCAUAGAAUGGUGUAUUCGUGUUGAUGACAGGGGGUAGCCGUCGCCGGCGUUCUUAUUGUCUUUUGAUGCUGACAUUUGUUGAGACAGAGGGCUGGAAUCUUGAUACGAUGGUCGGCUUUCGUUUGUUGUCGUACCCCUCAAAUGAGGUCAUUAAAGAAGAGUUGCCGUUGUGUUGUUGUUGGAUGGAAAAGGAAAGAAAAAAGAAUUAUCAAAGCAGCCUUUACUUUGCACCAUCGGGCUUGCGCCCUCUGUAACCGUCUUUCCGUCCGUGAGGGGAAAAUGCAGCAUUGACAGAUGAGAGAGAAACUGUCUCCAAGGGAAAAAAAACCAUCAUCCAAAGAAAUGAUGAGAAAUGUUUGAGAUGCCCUUCAAAUACUCGCAACUCUUGCCCUUGCGUCUGGGACUCGAGCAUGACAAACCAUCAGCUUGAGACUCGUCCCCCACUCCUCGCACUCGCCCAACAGGCACCGGUCGUUCCACAUGCUGUUGGCGCCGAGCACCCCGUUCUCGUAGCAGCGGCUGAACCACCAUCGGCCCACCUUGGCCACCAUCUUGGUGAUGCUUUCGUCCGCCACGGGGCCGUCAUCCGAUAUCAUCUCGGCGAGGGAGCGCUCGUCCCUCCGCCUGGCCUUUGCCUUGGAUGUCGUCGGUGGGCCCCCGGGAGUCGCCGACGCAACGGGCACUCCGACCCGGCACGACUUGACGUCGACGAAGCCCUUGCGCCCGACCAACUUGAGCAGCAGAUCCGCCGUGCUGCUGAGGCAAGUCUCUGGGGCGACGGCGUGGAUGCGCUCCUUGAGGCGACGUACCAUCCGCCGAGACCGGUUGCCCAUGUUGUUGAGGUCGAGGUCCAGAAUCGACAGCUCGAUGAACCCACCUGGCUUGAGCACUCGAUGUGCCUCGGCCACAAUGUUCCUGAAGUGCGCCUCGGGUGCUGCAGCUGGGAAUCGGAAGACAACUGCAAUGAAACUCUCAGCGCCGAAUGGAAACUUGUCCAUGUGUGACUUGUACUGAAUUUGAUGGUGAUUCGGCGGGCUCAGAGGGAAACUGCCUUCGGCGUUCUUCUGCGACGGCUUGGGCAACGGAGCCCGUGGCGAGAGGUUGAAAAAGGUCGCCUCGGGAUGUGUUUCGGCUGCGUAAAACGACCAAUCGUCGUUACCAAGGCCAUCUAUGACCAGGAUCGAAUGUCUCUUGAGGGACCCAUCAACAGGAACAAGUUCAUCACGCACGGGGCUGAACAGUACGUGGCCAAACGUGAGCCAUUUGCUCACAGUCAUCGAGCCAACGCGCAGGUUGACCUGUGACAGGGGCGAGUUGUCGUCACUCAGGCCACUUGAGCCACUCGAAACCGAUACGCGCUUGUUGUUCUUGCGGCGGGGACUGUCGUUGACUGAAGAGGACGCGGCGCUACGUUGGGCGGCAAUACGAGCCGAUGCGCUUGAUGCCGCAGCCGUGUCAACAGCAAUAGCCUGUGGCGUGGGUGGCAGAGCUUGCUUCUGCUUAUCGACCUCUUUGUAAUCAUUGGAUAAAUCUUGAGUAACAAAAGGUGACGAAAUCGGAAUGAUUCCCAUCUCCAAAGCCUCGUUCAGAAUGUUGGUCUCGUCGGUACUGUAGAUGCUCGACGGAAUUUGCUGCUUCUCACGGUCAUCCUCCACAACAUCAAUCCUCUCUACUUGUGGAGCCGGAUGGGGACAGAAAGUAGGAGACUCCAACUGCUCUCCAGUCGGUUUCGUCAAACUCGCGGCGUAUUCUUCCAAAUGGAAAGGCGUGCCAUGAGACGAGCUUGGAGAGGGCGGGAUUCUGAGGCCUUCCUCACCGAUCAAGUCGUCAUAUUCCAACCAAACCUCGUCCUCAGCAAGGGGUGCAUUAGGAGCCGGUACCACAGCGGUAGCAUCUGCAUAGCAAUACAUGCCGUUGGAGCUCGAGGAAGUAGUCGUGCAUGAUGUCGAGUGCGAGUUUUUGCGCGGUGAGAACGAGAGAAAGUCGUUGAUGAACUUGCCAAUGUCAGGUGUCAUCUCUCGUGAAAGACGCUGGGGAGAGUUUGUAACGGUGUGAGUGUUGUGCGCAUCCGUUGUCUCCAUUUCAUCAUCCGAGAAGCACUCAGCGGGCUCUAGCUCAGGGCUUGCGGGCUUGGGCGGACUUGGUCCCUUUGCUAUCGAGGUCAUGUCACGAGUUUCGUCGCGGGAGGGUGGCAGGAGACUGAUCCGGUGGAAAGGGCGCGAAAAGCUCUUUGGCGAUGUGGGCUCAGGCCGAGCGCUUACUACCUUGGGAAUUCGACCAACCUGGGGCAGGCGGCUGGGUCGCCCAGUUCUCCCGGUUGCCGGCUGCUGCUCCGGAAUAGAUGGUCUGGUUGAGGGUGCUGAAGACUCUUGAGUCGGAGCCGUGUUUUUCUCGACCUUUGGUGGCUGCUGCGUCUUCUGCACUUGGAAUACGGGCUCAACAAGACCGCCGCGCUUAGAAUCUUGAUCAGCUGAAGCGGUUCUACUGACAGAAGGCCGUCUAUAUGUCGGUACCGUUGCUGGUGGAGAUCGCAGUUGCGGCGAGACGACGCCACGGCGGGGAACACUCUCGGAAGGCUUUGACUUGGUGAGCGAAGCACGCUUACUCGCACCCAUUGGGAGCUUGGAAGCCCCUGCCUGGGCUUGUAUUUCAUCAAGGCCGCCACGUCUUGACUCUGUCGGGCUCGUGAUCGAUCUGCGUACAGAUUGGCGCCUACCCAUCGGUGGUAUAUGCGGCUGUGUUGCUGGCUGAGGCUGCACCGGCUGUUGAGGGGGUGACUCGAGUAGCUGCGCCUCCAAUACUGCUUUCUGCACCGCAGCUUCGGGGUCACCGUUGUCUUCAUGCUCCGACAUGUCCAUAGUAUAGAAAGCCUUGGCUUUAGGAGCCGGCUUGACCUGCACUUGGGCUGUUACCUUGCGGGAUUCCACUGGAGUUGGUUCUCUGCUUGUCGUGGACGGCACCUGGCUGCUUGAACGUCCAAAGAUGUUCCACCUACGUGGCGACUUGGCUCUCUUGGUUAGUUUCUUGGGGCCGACGGCGACUGGCGGCGUUGCUCUUGGUCCCUGCAACACACGGCCAGUAGUCAUUUCGAUUAUACUAUCGUCCGAUAGGAUGCUCGUGUCGUGGCUGGUCAUGGUCGGCGAAGUGAUCUCUCGUGGCGACCGGGUGUUGAUGGGCUUCGGGAGUCGCAAGGCUGACUGGUCUCCUCCGUCCUUGAGCUUUUGGAUGGACCUUCUAUAAGCCAGAGUAGACCUCAUUUCCAAGGCCGGUCCCUCGGAGUCGCUGACAUCUGAUGGACGGCGGCUACCAGCUGUGGAGGUUUUGGGAAAGGGUGAUGGCCACAAGGUAUUACGGUCGCCUUGAGAUGACAGCGAGAUAUCCGACAUGUUCCUUGGUGCACCCGCCAACAGAUUCUGGUCACUUUUCGCGGGUCCAAUGUUGUUGUUCUGAACAACCUCACCGCCAGCGAUCACGACGGGCUUAGUACGCUCUAGCAGAAACGGAUCGUCGGACAACCUACUCUCCAGGCUUUCCUGGGAGGACAUUGUGCCGGCGAUUCCGCGGCUGAGGCUGCUGCGGCGCCUGUGAGGCAUGCCGACACGCCCAUAACCUUCGUGUCCCGUACCGGCAGCAGGCCCUUUUCGAACAGGCUUUUCUUUCUUUUCAGUGGGCUUUUCUGGAGCCUUUGAAGGUUCAUCGCCAGCAGUCUUACGUCGCCCGAAGAGAAAUCGCGUCCUGAAGUUCGUGACGCCGGGGCUGGGACUCCGGCUGGUCGCUGAUCCAUGGCUGGGUCUGCGAGUCUCAACGGUCCGCGGUGCAGGAGUGGGCUCGCGUCCAAGAGGAAGUUUGGAUUGCGGUGGCUGCUGGGAAGGUGUCACAGAACGGGCACUCUGAUAGUUUGGGCUGGCAACAGCGCUGGUUCCAGGGCUCAUGGGAAGGCUCUGGCGUCUCUCACCGAUGGAAGUUGACGAAAGAUUGCUGUGGAUAAUGGGCACCGGCAUCCCAUACUGCGAGAGCAAAUCCGGAGUUCCAUCUCGACUCGGCCUGAUCGGAGGUGUUGCCCUUGGGGGCAUAACAGAGAGGCUGGGAGGUUGUAUCCUACUAAUAGGAGGUUUUUGCACGCGUCCUUCUGUCGUCUGCGUGGUCAUCAUUGGUGGUGCGGGCUGACGAGCUUGCUUUGAAGGAGACGCCUCUAGGCCUCUGUCCUUGUUUCUCUCGGAUGAUGUUCUGGGAGGAGGGCUAGGAGGCACGGUACCGAGUCUUCUCCUGGUCCUCUUUUCCCCUUCAGGCUCUCGUUCAAGGUCGGGUUUCCUGUCGCCAUCGCGGACUGUCGAGCCUGAUGAGGAGGAGUAUAGUGCCUCCCUGACGGCUGCAAGGCCAUGAGGAUCGGCGCUCGCCGCACCGCCGGUUUCAUUUGGUAUGCUUCCGGCUCUCCUCCUUGUGACUGGCGGCCUGGAACUCUGAGCGCCAGCUGGACUGUUCUGUUUCAGUUUAGCGGUAGCAAAUCGUCCAGGCGCAACCAGUGCCGGCGAAUGCGACGGAAUUGAUGUUGUGGGAGUGGUGUCUCUGCUGUAUGGACAAAUACCGGGAGAACCAGAGAAUCCAGUAGAAGGACUGCCGCUGUAGCCGCUGAUUUGGCUGCUGGUUCCGGAGAAGAGAGGCGUGGGCGGCGGAAGAUCGUGGGUUGAAAGGGGGUAGGGGACUUCUAUCGAAGAACCGCUACCUGCAUGGUAUGGUCUUCCGCCUCCAUAACGAUCCAACUCUGGAUAGAUCCGUACUGUUUGAGCGUUUGUUGUUGGGAGCUCGACCCGCAUCGCAACUUGGAUCUCGGCGGGCGACUCGGUGAUGCUUCGAUCGUAUUGUGAGCUGGUGAAAGAUUCUGGUGACAUUACAGAGCGAGGUACAGAGGACGCAGAGUCGUUCCUUUGCGGGACCAUCCUGAUUUCUUUACGAUGUUCAACGGCCUCUUGGAUCAUGUUCGAAGACCUUCUUCGCAGAACAUUUCGGACUGGUCGUUUCCGAUCCUCCACGGGCGUAGUAGAUCGGUCCGGGACCGAUCCAGAGGCUGACCUGGCAGGGCCAGAUAUAAUAGUUUGCGUAGAGCCAGAUCCCCAGGACUUGUCCUGAUGUGUUAAUGGUGGCCGUGAGCCCCCUUGCCUAGGCUGUGGUCUCCUGGCUGGUCCCUGAGGUAUCCUGCUGGAGCUUGGCACACCUGGUGUCUGAAGUCUUGAGGUUUCCAUGUCUGGUCGGGCACUCUUGACAGCAGGACCGGUCCAAUUGUCGACAGAACCUUGUCUAGUUGCAUUUGUUAACUUUGAGGGGGCUGUUUUCGCUGCCACGCCCUUUUCCUCAGACCGACCGAUCUUUGGGAUCGACCCAAACCUGAGAGACGACAUGUUGAGCGUGCGUGCUUGCUAAGUAUUAAUGGCGGCGGGAGCCGUGUCGUAAUCCAAAGGUAUAUCACCAAUCCAUCCUUGCUUUCAAACGCACAAAUAUUCGCAAAGACGGCUAUAUUCUGUGGGGUUGUUCGCGUAUAAGUCUUUUAGCCUUGGCAAAUAGUUGCGACGUUGUGUGGGUGGGAUAGGGUGAGAUCGGAGGUGAUGGUGUGGAACAGGUAGGUAGGCAGCGCCUAAGCCUGUGGUUUCCGCCGGGCAACGAACUGCUUAGCACACCACCACCACUGUAAGUCGGGUAAAGCUGGUGGACAAAACGGGUGUACUGCCGAUGGCAUCCGGGUGAUGGCGGAUUUUGAAAGAUAGUGAUGGAUGUGAGGUGAGACACUGCGUCGAGCAGCCAACUCGGUCUAAUAAACAAGCAGUCUGAAGAAUUGAUAAUGCAACAGGUGAACAGAUGUAUAAAACGAAAAUAUGACCUCGUUCAAGACACAACGGUCAAGACA